AUGUUAAAAUUGAGGAGGUGUCCAUGGAAUUUAAAACUAUACUCCUGUUAUUUUGCAGCUUGUCGACCUGGGUUCUACAAAGCCUCUGCCGGCAACGUGAAGUGUGCCAAAUGCCCACCUCACAGCUCUACCUAUGAAGAUGCGUCUCUGAACUGCAGGUGUGAAAAGAAUUACUUUCGCUCUGAGAAAGACCCUCCAUCCAUGGCUUGCACCAGACCACCAUCUGCUCCAAGAAACGUUAUCUCUAACAUCAACGAGACGUCUGUUAUCCUGGACUGGAGCUGGCCUCUUGACACCGGAGGUCGGAAAGAUGUCACUUUCAACAUCAUUUGCAAAAAAUGUGGAGGAAACAUCAAGAUGUGUGAGCCGUGUAGCGACAAUGUGCGAUUCUUACCCCGUCAGACUGGACUCACCAACACCACGGUGACAGUAGUGGACCUUUUGGCACAUACCAAUUACACUUUUGAGAUUGAUGCAGUCAACGGGGUAUCUGACUUGAGCACACUUUCCAGACAAUUUGCUGCUGUCAGCAUCACAACUAAUCAGGCUGCUCCAUCCCCCAUCACAGUCAUAAGGAAAGACAGGACAUCCAGGAACAGCGUGUCUCUGUCUUGGCAAGAACCCGAACAUCCUAAUGGGAUCAUCUUGGACUACGAGGUCAAAUACUAUGAAAAGCAGGAACAAGAGACAAGCUAUACUAUUCUGAGAGCCAGGGGCACCAAUGUUACCAUCAGCGGCCUCAAACCUGAUACCACCUACGUCUUCCAAAUUCGAGCGCGAACUGCAGCUGGAUAUGGGACAAACAGCCGCAAGUUUGAAUUUGAAACCAGUCCAGAUUCAUUCUCCAUUUCCAGUGAGAAUAGCCAGGUCGUAAUGAUUGCCAUUUCAGCGGCAGUAGCCAUUAUUCUCCUCACAGUUGUGGUGUACGUCUUGAUUGGGAGAUUCUGUGGAUACAAGAAGUCUAAACAUGGCACUGAUGAGAAAAGACUACAUUUUGGGAAUGGCCAUUUAAAACUCCCAGGCCUGAGAACUUACGUAGAUCCGCAUACAUAUGAGGAUCCCAAUCAAGCUGUGCAUGAAUUUGCCAAGGAACUAGAUGCUUCUAAUAUAUCCAUUGAUAAAGUAGUUGGAGCAGGGGAAUUUGGAGAAGUGUGCAGUGGGCGCCUAAAGCUGCCUUCUAAAAAGGAAAUUUCAGUGGCUAUCAAAACCCUGAAAGUUGGCUACACAGAAAAACAGAGGAGGGACUUCCUGGGAGAAGCAAGCAUCAUGGGACAGUUUGACCACCCUAAUAUCAUUCGAUUAGAGGGAGUCGUCACUAAAAGUAAACCAGUUAUGAUUGUUACUGAAUAUAUGGAAAAUGGUUCCUUGGACAGCUUCCUACGGAAACAUGAUGCCCAGUUCACAGUCAUCCAGCUAGUAGGCAUGCUUCGAGGGAUCGCAUCUGGCAUGAAAUAUUUGUCAGAUAUGGGUUAUGUCCAUCGAGAUCUAGCUGCUCGUAAUAUCCUCAUCAAUAGUAACCUGGUAUGCAAAGUCUCAGAUUUUGGUCUGUCUCGUGUACUGGAAGAUGACCCAGAAGCUGCUUACACCACAAGGGGGGGCAAGAUUCCUAUCCGAUGGACAUCACCAGAAGCCAUUGCAUAUCGGAAGUUCACAUCAGCCAGUGACGCAUGGAGCUAUGGGAUUGUUCUCUGGGAGGUGAUGUCUUAUGGAGAGAGACCGUACUGGGAGAUGUCCAACCAGGAUGUGAUUAAGGCUGUCGAUGAAGGGUACCGCUUGCCACCUCCUAUGGACUGCCCAGCUGCCUUGUAUCAGCUGAUGCUGGACUGUUGGCAGAAAGACAGAAACAACAGACCCAAGUUUGAGCAGAUUGUCAGCAUCUUGGAUAAGCUGAUCCGUAAUCCCAGCAGUCUGAAAAUAAUCACCAAUGCGGCGGCAAGGCCAUCAAAUCUUCUCCUGGACCAAAGUAACAUCGACAUUUCAGCCUUCCGCACGACAGGUGAUUGGCUCAAUGGUUUUCGGACAGGACAGUGCAAAGACAUUUUCACAGGCGUGGAGUACAGUUCCUGUGAUACAAUAGCCAAGAUUUCUACAGAUGACAUGAAGAAAGUCGGCGUUACAGUUGUGGGGCCUCAAAAGAAGAUUGUUAGUAGUAUCAAAGCUCUAGAAACUCAUACAAAGAACAGCCCUGUUCCUGUGUAAGGUACCAAAAUGAUGUGGCUCAGGAGAGGAAAAAAAGAGAAAAGUUGCAUCACGGGGCAAAAGUGAUGGCUGAUAAACAGCAGAAUUUAAAGGAGUUCUUUGCAACAGCUUUGGAAACAUAAUGGUUGAAAUUUCAAACCCACUAAGACACUCAAAUAUUGAGUAUAAAUGCCUUAAAAAUAGGAGUGAACUUGUUUUCUAUCCAUUAAUCCUAAAGGGUGGGUGCUCUUGACUGACUGUUAAUGCAGAUAGUAAAUUUCAAAAGAAAAAAAUACGUAAAAAAUCCUUCCAA